AAACUAAUUCAGAGAUGUAGCUGCUCUAGAAAAGUUGUGCAAUUUUAUGGAUCGUUUAUGUGCAUCACUCGAUAGCGCAACAUCCGACGAUCUAAUCCAAAAGUCUGCUUUGCAAGAUGGUCAUGCAUCUCCCACGAUUCGUUUAAAAGCUUUGAGAAAGUUUCGAGUGCUAAUGCUUCGAGCCAUUCAGGAUCGAUGCAUGGAUUCCGUCGACAAAGAGAAGCUUGGACGUAUCAUGAGAAAUAUGGGCUCAAUGAUCGAACACGUUUCGGAACUCGAUAUUAUCGCCUGUUAUGCGAAAGCCGUCGACGACCAAAAAUUACAAACGACCCAAUCGCUUCAAUCCAUUUGCCAUGCUAUUGAGAUAGGCGCCUUGGUGUUAGAAAUACUCACCGCUUCUGAAUUCGAUAAAAGAAUAUUCCCCGAAGGCCUCAUUUUGAGUUGCCUGCAGUUGGUGAAAAACCAAUUAGACAACAUUAUAUAUCCUCUAUUCAGCCUAACUAUCUACGAUGACGAUACCACCCAUUUCCAGACGAACGCUCGUUCAUUCCUUCAAUUCGCUGAAUCGAUGCGCCAAAGCCGUGUCGAUCUGGCUACUUUAUUACCACUGAUCACGCGCUUCCUUCGCUAUACCUUCAAGCUGUUGCAGCAAGAUGAAAUUGAUGACCACAUGAUUGUCGUGAUCGCUUACAUCAGCAUGGGCCCUUUUUUCCACGAAUACGAUGAUCAGAAACCCUCGUGCCUUAUUCCAUUUGUUGAAGAUAUGUCAGUACAUCCUUUCGAACAGUUAAAGUACAACUCCAUGGACAUGCUGUGCAAAUUAUUCAGCAACUAUCCGCGACACCGGUUAUGGAUGCUUGAAGAGAUCCUCACAAGCCUUAAUAGCAUGACGUCCAUGGAUCAUACGGUCAAACGCUACCGCUUACGUAAUAAUACCACCAUCCAUAUUAUGAGCGCCCUGUUUAUGCAAUUGAUUCAGUCCUGCUGCACCGUCACCGAUCUCACAGGCAAUCGAAACUGGCUACGGCAAUGGGAACUCAAGGCGCAAAAGAUGGAAAAAGCGAACAAUGACCAGCAACUUAGCAAUUUGCGCUCAACCCUGAUGAAAAAAGCAUCCAUCACAUGGAAAUCCGGCAUCGAAGCUGCGUCCCAGAGUGCUGUUUAUUUUGUAGAAAUGCUUCUAUCCAAAUGCAAAUCCCGGAAAAAAGAGUCUUACUCCGUAGUCGAAUACCGUAUCAUUGUAGAAGACAUCUUGAACGACGUCAUGACCGUGCUAAAUAACCCUGAAUGGCCCGUAGCGGAAUUGAUCAUUCGUGUGUUUAGCAAGAUCCUCGUAUGCAUUUGUCUCCCGCUCUCUCCGCAGUUCAUCACUCAUUGAUUCAUGCUGUGACUCAUACUUUUUUUAGAUCGCUCAAUUGGAAAGUGAACGUUCGGACGCGUACCUGAAAUCGUUGUCGAUCGACUGGCUCGGUACAAUUGCUCGUCACAUCCAAUCAAGUAACAAUCGUCUGGCCGGUGAAGACAAUAGCUUUACCCCAGAAUGGA